AUGGAAUUGCCCAGAGGUGCAGACGUGUUCGAAGUGGAGAUCGCUUCCACGAGUGGAGUCCACCAGCGCGGCCCAGCAAAGCCGACAAGGGGGCCCCAGAUCGAAGAUCUUGGCUGGUGCAAGUCAUGUGAUGCUCUGACAGCUCUGUUUUCACGGAAUACCACAUCUGGCAACUCCACCCUCCCAUUUCUCGACCAUCCAUCAUUCUACCUCAUCUCCCUCGCUAUGCCAUAUCCGGCAAUGCAGAUUUCUGGAUCCUCUGGAAACCUCCAGUCUAGAUCACUAUUGACAUCAUCCUCACAAGCUCCAAUAGCUCUCGCAUAUCCCAUCCCUACGGAACUGCAACGUUCCAAUCAAGGUACCUAUGACUCCGACGAGAUGGUCGCCUCUGUAGCUGAAGCUUACGGUAGUUCGGCACUAGAAACCGAAGCAUCUGUACGAGCAUUUGAUGUCGGCAUCGCUUUCUCUGGUCGUUGCGUGGUGAUGGGACAUUGUGUCCCGGCUACGGGUUCCCAGACUGGUGAUUUCGCGAUGAGGGUUCCCUCUCGCCACCUCCUCCUCGCAACAAAACCCACCUUACAGCUUCGAACAGCAGCAGCAGCAGCAACAGCAGUACUCCGACCAUUCUCCACAGCAAAAGCAACCAUGGGCAAAGACUCUCAAAUCUCCAAAUCGCCACCGAAGCAUGAACUCGUCUACUUCCCCGGUCUAGCAUCCGAAGUGCGAGCAUUCGGCCAGUUUCGCAAAGUCUUGCACACAGGUCUCUACAGCCAGGUAGUAACGAUGGAAAUUCCCGUCGGAGGGGACAUUGGCGAUGAAGUCCACACGGUGGAUCAGGUGUUGUUGUUUACGAGUGGUGAAGGGAAAGCUACUGUGGCGGGGAAAGAUCAGGCUGUCAAAGCAUCUGAUGUGGUAGUCGUUCCUGCGGGGACGCAGCAUCAGUUUAUCAAUACUUCCAAGGAUAAACCGUUGGAGCUGGUGACGAUUUAUAGUCCUGCUGAGCAUGACCCUCAGACGGUGCACAAGACCAAGGAAGAGGGCGAUGAAGAAGAGGAUAAUGGAAAGGAUGAGGCGCCGGGGUGGAGCCAGCAGUCGAAGGAUCACAAUGAAAAGAAGGGAGUGGUGAAGGAGAGCGGCGGGCCAUAUGAGAACGGUGAUGAUGGUAGACAUAACAAGUCUUGAGUCGUUCAGGUCAUGAAUACAUAAGGUAGCCUUGGUAAGGAUUUUCAAUAUGUAAAAGAAAAAAUCAUCAGACUUCAUGCGUGGGUAUCAUGAUGCAGGCCCAGACAUACCUUCACUCAUGUACAGUAUGCACAGUUCCACCCUCCAUGUCUCUUCUCUCACUUCUUUCCUCUCGAACUCGAGCUAAUCAUCUUCUUCUUGACGUGCUUGGGAAUCUUUUCCUUCCUCUUCUCCCUCUUCUCCUCUUUCACGGCAAGCUUAUGCGCCUUCUUAGCCUCCUUGUCUUCAUGCUUCUUGCCUCUGGGCGUACCCUUGGCAAAUGCACUCUCUGACACAUCGCUAUCCGAGCCAUCAUCCGAAUCACUGCCAUCGUCUUCAUCUUCGCUAGCUGCUUCGUCUGGGACGAUAGCCUUCGUGGCCAGAAGAUCUUGGUAGACGAGGCCGUCGCCUUGACCUUUCUUGAUCGCCUCCGCAUCACGCUCAAUGUCGUACACUUCGCGUAGUGUCUGCGGCAUAUACUGCUGGCGAAAGACUUCAUCAUCCACUUCUGUGUCUUGCUUGCCAGCUUGAGCCUCAACCUCAAACAUCUUCUCUAUCGUCUCCUUCAUGCCAGUCAUUUCCGUGCUUCCAGAUCCAGCCGUAAUGAAGCCAAAGACCGAUCGCUCCGAUAGGGUGUCCACGCCUUUUCUGCGGAAGAAGUCCGACACAUUCUUGAUAUCCAUUCGCAAGAACUCGAGCGAGCGAGGAUGAUCGUGUUCGACCGAUUGUGAGACAUCGAUCACGUAGAGGAUGUCCUUGAAGUAAAGCAGAUUGUAUUCAGACAAAUCUGCAUGUACCAGCUUACAGACUUGGUAUAGCAUGCGCAUAUAGCUGAGGAGUUCAACGUAUAUCGCGGUCCAUUUCUGUUGAAUCUCUUGGGGAGUUCUCGAGUCAUCAAACUCCACAUCUCGCAAUCGUGGUGCAGGGUAUCCUUUGCUGUUUCCGAGAAAAGACAUGACCAGGACAUGUGCUUUCAAGUAGACAGGUUCUGGGCAUGGUAUUCCAGCUUGGUGUAUUCUCCUGAGGUUGCGGUAUUCCUUCUCAGCCCACACUUUCACCAUCGCUCUGUUGGAGCUCUUGUUGUAUCCACUCCUGAAACGAUGCUCGCCGGUGACAUAUUUGUCCCUGUCCUUGAAGACCAGAAUGCUCGUCUUGUACACUUUGAUGGCUCUGUUCAGCACCUUGUCGCUGUCCUCGGGUAUUGUGGCAGCGUGAUAGACGUUUGCCUCCUUUCCUGUCGAUAGCACCCCGUUAAUCUCGGAGACGAUAUUUCUGUUCAGCAGUUGCAGCAGCAUCAUCCGCGUCCUCGGGUCUAGCACUUGCUCGCUGGUCGCUCUUUCCGACUUUUCAGCACCUCCAUGGUGUUUGGUGGCUCCUCCCUCGAUUGCAUUCACGUUGAGCUUAGCGACGUGGCGAGACAGACUCUUGAUGUGGUCGUCAAUAGCCGCUUUCGUGUUCAGCUGCGGGUUCGUCUUGGGUUUCUGGUCGGUAGGGAUCGAAUUAUCAUUCAGCUUUCGCUGGCGAUUGUAUGAUUUGGUAUAGUCUGACGGGUUCGAAGUGGCAAUUUCAGUGUCAUCCAGGUCCGAGAGGAGGAGAUCGUCGUAGUCGUCUUCCUCUUCCUCUUCCUCUUCGUCUGGGGCUGUGUCGUGUGCAGAGCCAGGCAUGGCGUUGCGUUCGCCGACAUAUCCUUCAUUCUCGAUGUACUCGCGCGGAGGUUGGUGAGGUGCUGCCAUUCUCGAAGCCUAGCCCUGGCGUGCACUCAGUGCCAACACGAGAAAGAGAAAAGCUAGUAGAAGAUGAUAUGCAGGAACAGGC